AGCCUAUUGCCUUUUAUUUCCGUACAGGGCGUUCAUGCCACUGUUGAUAAACGAGCUCGAAAAUUUCAUCUGGCACGAUACGCCCCCCUCGAAUGUUUUAGUGCUCUGCUCCUUCGUGGGGUGUAGGAUUUCUGAAUUCUGGCGACCCGAAUAGCUCAGUGAGGAGUUUUCGCGUGCCGUGAGUAAGGAACACUGACUGCUGUGACCGACGGGUUCGCACCUGCGAAGCACCUGAAGUAACCCAAGGUACGCAAGGGGUAUGUUCAGGCUGCGGUCACCUGGGCCGUUUGCUCCUGGGUCCCCGGAUCCUGCGAGCUGACCGACCCUGAUCGCCUGCCUCUUCCCUGGCCUACUGCUACCCUUCUGAGACCAAACUUGGAUGAAAUCGGCGCUUCAAUCUGGCAACAUGGAACUUCGACAUCGACACGUGGCUUCAGCUGCUGUACAUAUAAUCGGCAGCCAUCAUCCGCCUGCUUUGGGUACGGCGCCGCAUCUGGGAUGGGUGACUUACGUCCACUGCUGUUACAGUGUUCGACGCAUCCGGAAAGUACCCCACGGGCCUAUUCCAAGGGUCUCACGUCGACUUGGGCGCUUUUGAUGAGUGCUUGGAGACCAUGGUCCUCGACGGUUCUGGUCAUGUGACUUCGCGAGGCCAGUACUGUAAUCUGCAGUUUUACGUAAAGAAUUCCACCGCAUGGCAGAAGAAGAUGGAGCCAAUGUUGCAGGUCAUGGAUACAAGUAUAUUGUACUUCAAAAAAUAUUUCUUCCUGGAAGAGCUUCCAAUCGUUCGCCUGGGAAUCUGCGCUUUAGACGAUUGCAGUCAAGACGAUCUACAAGCUUUAGUAGACUCAGUAAAGCCUUCCGUACUUGAUAUUGAAGUGUCCAACUGCCUCACAAUAGGGUCUCAACCGUGGAGCGCAACACAAAAGUCCAUUGUGAUACUUUUAGGAUUCCUAGUCAUCGCCGUUGUUGGCAGCACAUCAGUCGACCUCUUCAUACAGUCGAGACGAAAACUUUCUGGGAAACACAGUGCGCUCAUCGGACUUGCCACAGCCUUCUCCGCGGUGGCAAACACGCAAGUGCUGUUCAAGGUUGCCGACAAGGCGAACGCCGACCACUACCCGCUGCAGUUCCUGCACGGACUGCGGUUCUUCAGCCUCGCCUACAUCGUGAUGGGCCACUCCUACCAGACCAUGUCAGAUACGUGGUCACGCCUGCAAAACAUGUUCGCCGCAGGGAAUUAUUGGCCAAACAUGAUGAUAGCGGCGGCAUUCAGCAGUGUCGAUACUUUCUUUUUUCUUAGCGGGUUUUUCCUUUGCCUCAGUCUGGUAAAACAAGAAUCGAACGGGCCUCAUGUCUUCAUAAUUGGAGUGCUUCGAAGGAUUAUCAGGAUCUGCGUUCCACUCUUCUUUACCAUCAUGUGCUUCUACGUGGUUCCACUUUUUAGCACUGGGCCAGACACCAAAUCGUUCUUUUUAAAGCUUUACGACGACGUAGAGGAAAACUGGUGGCGCCUCCUUCUUCAGAUCCGAAAUUUCUUUGAGCUGACCCCAAAGACCAUACUUGGACAUACGUGGUACCUGUCAGCUGACUUCCAGCUCUUCCUCAUCUCACUUCUGGUACUUCUACUUUUUAGAAGGCGGAAAACACUGGCAGUGGGAGCCUUUGUCCUGCUGUCUUUUAUGGGCUGCGCCUACGCUACGUGGACCAUCUCAGGAUCCGAUUUGACUCCUUUUGUCGUGUUUCCUACCGAGACACCACAAGUCGUGAUGCGAACCGUCAACAAAUACUACAUACGGCCUUUCUACCACGCUGUGUGCUACUUCAGCGGCUGUAUCGCGUUCCUCGUCAUCGACGACAUCAAGGAACGAAAGAUAUCAAAAGGCGUGCAGUUGGUGGGCUGGUGUCUGGCCACUGCGUGCUGUCUUUGCUGCAUCUUCAUGAAGCACGCCUGGUACGCGAACUCGAAUCCCACUUCGGAGGCUGGAAAGCUAUUCACGGCGUUUUUUGACCGUGUUCUGUGGUCGCUGUUUCUCUCCUGGAUCACGCUGGCGUGCUCUACGGGCCGAGGAGGAGUCCUAAGCAACUUCCUGUCCUACAACGCUUUCGUGCCGCUGAGCAAACUGUCCUUCGGCGUCUACCUUAUCCACUUCCCUUUCAUCCAACUUAUGCUGCACGCGUCCAGAGAGCGCAUAUUCUGGUCACACUUCAACCAGAUCACACUGUUUUUUGCGCUGCUCGUUUGGAGCUUCCUUCUGGCGUACCUGGCCUACUUGGUAUGCGAAGGCCCCACAGCAUUCCUGGACAAGCUUGCCUUCCAGAGGUUAACUAGAAGAGGACGUCCUUCGGGAAACCAAGCUCAAGAGCCACGUCUGGACUGUAGCGCUGAACUGCCGGAGAAGAAAGCGGAAAAUGGCCGGGUCAUCUCACAGCUCACCAGUGGCAAAAUGAAUGGCUAUACACUCUCCGAUCCGGGGAACGGCGCCGUGCGUGGUCUUUCCUGGCGGUCGCAGUGGGUGCCUCAAAGGCUUUGAUUACUAUCUGCUGUAGGACACUGCUUCAUUUCAUUUACUCCUGAUGAAUCAACUGCCUGCAGUAUUGGGGCGUCCUCGACGGAAGCGGCAGGUUCGACCUGCUGCCGCCGCGUUCGCCUCCUCGUUUCGAUACAGGGGUGAAGUUCCGCAUGAAACAAAAUAAGAAAAAGCCAUUGCACCGCGCCUCUUCAUGCACGUGAUGUGCGAAAACGGGUGGUUCUACUACAUGCGGUGUACAGUACCCGCGCAGCAAUCCUUGUGUUGCAGCGUUCCGACGCUGCAGCGCUGCCUGUGCUAUCGCUAUCAUCGUCAGCAUCAUCACCUACAUGAGAAUAGAAACUUCGUCUUCAUACUCUUGUCAACCAAGUGAUACCUCCAAGUUUCUCUGCUGUUUGCUUUUCGUGCGACUAAAAACGGGUCUCAACUGCGCUUUUAUGAUGUUAUGUGGACACAAUUGUGCACGAACUAGUGGUUGGUAGGCUGCCGUAAAUCGCUGUGCAUCUCUAUGGAGCGGUAACCAAUUUGCGGCGGUUUGCUGUUGUAGUGUGCACAUAGAUGGCGCUGCGUCUGCCAAAUAUAAAUGUAUAAUACAUGUGAAUGUGUGUCGGUGUAUAGUGAGCAUGGUAAUGUGAUUUCAAGCUUGUAUAUGAACGCCGAACGUCGUCCUUGUGUUACUGCAUUCGCAGGUUUGGGUCAGGCUGUACUGAGUGCAAGUAUUUAUUAGUCUGUAGCACAAAUUACGAUGUAGUCUUUCUCCACAACAAUACGAGCACCAUGUGUAGCUUUGUGAAGCCUCUCAUACCACACAUUAGGUUUUGCAAAGAUCUGUCGUACCCUGGUCCCUCCCAGUGUUUUCAAUGGGGGUGAUCAAGUUACCCGUGAAUAAAGUCAUCAAAUAUUGCUGCCA